AUGACUGCGCCUCCCAACCAACAGCCGCCCAUCGAUCUACUAAGCGGCUGGCCCAACCCCGCGCUCCUCCCCGCCCCCGAUCUGCUCCGCUCCGCCACGACAGUCUUGACGACCCCCUCCAUCGCACACCCAGGUUUGCUGUACGGGCCCGAUGAAGGCUACGAGCCUCUGCGUGCCCACGUGGCCAAGUGGCUGGGUGCCUUCUACCAGCCUUGCAAUCCAAUUUCGUCCGGGCGCAUUUGCAUCACUGGCGGGGCCAGCCAGAACCUCGCGUGCGUCAUGGCCGUCUUUACUGACCCUGUGUACACGCGCGGGGUUUGGAUGGUCGAUCCAACCUACCACCUCGCUGGCCGUAUAAUUGAUGAUGCAGGCUUUGCUGGGCGGGUUCGAGGGGUCCCUGAGGAUGACGAGGGGAUAGACCUCGCCUUUUUGAAGAGCGGAUUACGUGCGGCGGAGGAGAAGGCGCUUGCCAAGGGCAACACCGAACCGAAAUUCAAACCACACCGGCCCUGGCGCAAGAUCUACAAAUAUAUCAUUUAUGCGGUCCCCACGUUCGCCAAUCCUUCCACCAAGGUUAUGUCUUUGGGUCAUCGAGAGGAUUUGGUUCGACUGGCUCGAAAGUACGAUGCCCUGCUAGUAACCGACGACGUCUACGAUUUCUUGCAAUGGUCACCGACUCCUGGGGGUAAGCUGGCUGCCCCCGAACACGCAUGCCUCCCCCGCUUAGUAGAUGUGGAUCGUUACCUGGACGGUGGCCCUAUCGAUGAAUGGGGACACGCAGUAAGCAAUGGUAGCUUCAGUAAAUUGCUCGGUCCCGGGCUUCGCACCGGAUGGGCCGAAGCAUCCGAAAAGAUUGCUUACGGGUUGUCACAAGUAGGCUCCUCGCGCUCCGGCGGCGCUCCUUCUCAACUCUGUUCAACAAUCAUUGAUCAACUACUCCCUUCUGGCACUCUAGACAACUACAUCCAAACAGUAUUGCAGCCUGCAUAUUCAGAGCGGUAUUAUGCGCUACAGGGAGCAAUCCAGGAAUACCUAGUCCCACUCGGAGCGACGGUUGCUUCUCCCGAGACCGUUACAGGCGGAUAUUUCAUCUGGCUCACCCUACCAACGCCACUGUUAGCGGUAGAUAUAGUGCAGCGCGCGCAACAGGAGGAAAACCUACGCUUAGCGCCUGGCACACUAUUCGAAGCUGGUAGCCCACAACCGCCAAGCGACCGGUUUGCUGGCUGCCUGCGCCUGUGCUUUGCGUGGGAAGAACCGCGUCACCUGACCGAGGGGGUGCGUAGGCUCGCUCGCGUCCUGAAACAUGCGCUUGAGUAG